AUGGAGCCGCUCCGCUGGGGAAUCCUCGGCUCGGGGCUGAUCUGCAGGGACUUCGUCGGCGCGCUGAAGGGCGCCGGGCCCGACGAGGCACGGGUCGUGUGCGUGGGGGCGCGCAGCAAGGCCUCGGCGCAGAGCUUCGCCGACGCGCUCGGCGUCGAGCGCGCCUACGAGGGCUACGCCGCCGUGGUGUCCGACCCAGAGGUGGACAUUGUGUACGUGGGCACGGUGGCCCAGACGCACCCAGAGCUCGCACUGCUCGCCAUCGAGGCGGGCAAGCCCGUCCUCGUCGAGAAGCCCCUCGCGCUCAACGCCGAAGACGCGGCGGUGCUCAUCGCACGGGCGCGCGAGGCGAAGGUGCUGCUCGUGGAGGGCAUGUGGACACGCUGCUUCCCGGCCGUGUGCCGGGCGCGGGAGCUCCUCUCGGGCGGCGAGAUCGGCUCCGUCGUCUCGGUGACCGCCGACUUCGGCUGGCCCGCCGACCCCGACGGCGAGCACAGGCGGACCGUCGACCCCGUCUCGGGCGGCGUGGCCAUGGACGUGGCCAUUGGCUUCGCCGCGGCGCCUGCGCUCAGCGCGACGGUGCUGUGCACGCUGGACGCGGUCACGCCAGAGGAGGUCGUUUACUCGGGCACCAGGGGCACGCUGCGCAUCCACAGGCCGGCGCACACACCGUCGCGUCUCACGCUCACCAGGUUCGUCUCGCGCACCGAGAGCACCGAGGAGGUCCUCGACUUCCCGCUCCCGCCCGUGCCUGCGGGGGCGCUGCCGUUCAACUACCCCGGCUCCGAGGGCUUCCUAUACGAGGUGCGCGCGGUGCACGAGGCGGUGCGCGCGGGGGCGCUCGAGCUGUCGCAGUGGACGCACGACGAGACCGUGGCGACGCAGGCCGUCAUCGACGCCAUGCGCGCGCAAGCGCGCCGCACGCGGAGCGCCGGCGGCGCCGCGGCCUCCAGCGUGGCCGACGCCGCCCUCGCGCUGCAGUACAAGGUUAAGCUGCUGCACGCGGGGGGGUGGUCCGAGAGCUCCGGCAGCGAGGGACUGCGCACGCCGCCGACCCCGCCGCCGAGAGGGAGCUCCAGCGGGGCCGGUCCGGCCGCAGGCAGGGCCGAGGGCUGGGGCCUGGACGCGGGCCGCGUGGGCCAGUUCACCAUCAGCUUCGUCGCGGACCCGGACCUGCACGAGGACAUGGAGGCUGUCUCUUGCCUUUGCACCUUCUGCUUGGACGACAUGCAGAUCGGGGAGGAGCUCUGCCGGUUGCCGUGCAUGCACACUUUCCACAGGCGCUGCGUGCACGCCUGGCUCGAGCGGGACCGGCGGUGCAUGUUGUGCCGCCUGGACGUCACCAAGCCGGGUGGCUGA